CGCAUUCCAAUGGCAUGUCAGGUUUCUGUCUCGCGCACACCGCCCUGCCACCCUCGCGCGUAUUAUUGCGCCCUCAAUUAGCCUCGGAUUUUGCAGGCUGGCCGUCUCAGCUUCCUGUCCGACCAUUUGUGCCGGCGCACCCUUUGCUGAAGUUUGAUCGGACACGUGCCCCGAAAGCGAUGUCAUUUGGCCUUGGCGGCGGCGACAGCAGGCACCAUGGCCAAGCACACCAAGAAGGUCGGCAUCACCGGCAAGUACGGCACGCGCUACGGAGCCUCGCUGAGGAAGAUCGUCAAGAGGUACGAGAUCCAGCAGCGCACGAAGUACAUGUGCAACUUCUGCGGCAAGGAGAACGUCAAGCGAGUUGCCGGGGGGAUCUGGAAGUGCAAGUCGAAGCAGUGCCGAAAGACAAUCGCCGGCGGAUGCUGGGCCAUCUCCACCACGGCUGCGGCGACAACCCGCGCCACGAUCAACCGCUUGAAGAAGGCGAUGGCCUCUGGAGACGACAAGUGAGCGCGGAGCAGGGCGCGGAUCAGAGCGGUGCCCGCCGAGAAGUCCCGAGGAGGCAGGCGCGCGCUGCGCGGCGAAGAACCGCAGAGGAGGGCCAGAGGGGGGAGGAGGGCGGGACAGAGGUAGAGCGUUCCUGCAUCGCCUGAGUUGUGUUUUAUGCUUCCUCCUGGUGGCCAGCUUGUUGACGCUGCGGUUUGUCUUGCCAAAGUCGGCGC